GGGCUCCUCUCGAGAGAGACGGGCACCGAACCUUCCACAAUCACGCCCUGUUUCUUCCAUUGAAGACGGCCGGGUGUGCUUUUCUACCACUAGACGCUCUGGGCUCCCCUCGGUGACCCAAUCUUUCUUGGCUUUUUACCUUGCGCAGUAAGGACCAACUUUACCUUACGUAGAGGUACAUAUCACGCACCGAGACCCAGACAAUCGGCUGCAUCAUCCAACCAUUCUCUCCAAUUCUUCUUUUCUUUAAAAAACUACCAACCUUUUUUUCUUUCUUUUGCAAUUCACUACCUACACGCACGUCGAUUGACUGCGCAAGCAAAGCAAAUUUCAAGGAUUCACACAUCAAGCCAACCCAAGUAACACACAGAGAGACACAACAUCAGCGAAGACAAGUGUCAGUUUCGCUGCGAUAUCCACACUACUUUUACCCCUCCGUACAAUUGACUGGUCGACUUUUACACGAUAAUCACACGACAGUCCUGAACGAUGGUAAAAGAAACCAAGCUGUACGAUCAGCUGGGCGUCAAGCCCACGGCGACGCAAGAUGAAAUCAAAAAGGGCUAUCGGAAGUCCGCACUAAAGUGGCACCCCGACAAGAACAAGGAUAACCCAGACGCUGCCGAGAAGUUCAAAGAGUGCUCCCAGGCCUACGAGAUCCUUUCCGAUCCCGAGAAGCGCAAGACGUACGAUGACUACGGUCUCGAGUUCCUGCUCCGCGGCGGCGGCGCUCCUCCCCCGGAUGCCGGUGGCGCCAACCCCUUCGCCGGGGGCGGUAUGCCCGGUGGCUUCGACUUUGGAGGAGGAGGCAUGCCGGGUGGCGGCGGCGCACGCACUUUCCGCUUCAGCACAGGAGGAGGCGGCAACGGGUUCAACUUCAGCCCGGCGGAUGACGUGUUUGCCAAUUUCAUGCGCUCUGGUUCUGGGGGUAUGGGCGGCGGCGCGGGCGGCAUGGACGACUUUUCCGACAUCUUUUCGACGUUUGGCGGUGCCAGCGGCCCGCGGGGUAGCAGAUCAUCGCGCACGCGCAGCAGCGGGUUCGGCGACUCGCGGGGGGCGAGGGAGGCGACGCCCGAGGUCACAACGGUGGAGCGGCCUCUCCCGCUCACGUUAGAGGAGCUGUUCCGUGGCGUGACGAAGAAGAUGAAGAUUAAGCGCAAGACCUUUGACGACACGGGCAAGAGGACGACGACUGAUACGGUGCUCGAGGUGCCCAUCAAGCCUGGUCUGAAGAAGGGCAGCAAGAUCAAGUUCAAGGGCGUUGGUGACCAGGAAGAGGGUGGUCAGCAGGACCUGCACUUUAUCUUGGAAGAGAAAGCUCACCCGCUAUUUGUGCGCGAAGAUAACGACUUGGUUCACACCGUCGAGUUGGACCUAAAGGAGGCCCUCACGGGCUGGAAGCGGACGGUGACGACGAUCGACGGCAAGCAGCUGAACCUCGACAAGAACGGCCCCACACAGCCCGGCAGCUCCGAUCGGUAUCCCGGCCUGGGCAUGCCCAUUUCGAAGAAGCCCGGAACGAGAGGCGACUUUGUCAUCAAGUACAAUGUCAAGUUCCCCACGAGCUUAACGCCAGCGCAGAAGCAACAGUUGAAGGAGAUUCUGUAGAAGGACUUCGGUAACGAGGGAGAGGAGAGGGUGCAGAGACAACGGCGACGCGACGCGAUGGUUGCGGAGGCGUUGAACCGUAAACAAGAUGAUCCUUUGGUUUAGCUGGCCGGUUAUGCUCAUCAUGAAUAGGAGUUUGGGGCGUGGUUGGGUUUUCUGCUUUUGCAAGGCCAAGGGUUGGCCUUUUCCUUUUUGCCCCUCUACGAGCAUUGCGCAUUUCAUGAGUAGGCAACACGAGCUGAGUUGCUGGUGGGGAGGUGAUGCCUGCGCAGAGGUACUUAGAUAUGAAAUAAUUCAAGCUUGAGACUAUAAGA